UAUGUACGCUUUAAUUAAACUGUUCUUUUAACGCUUGAAAGCCAUUCUAGAGCUUAUAAUAAAUUAAACUCUCUAAUCUAGCUGCAUCUCUCUCUCUCACCCCCCCCUCUCUCUCUCUCUCUCUCUCUCUCUCUCUCUCUCUCUGUAAUGAAAUUUGAAUCACGCCGCGAUGCAGAGACCAAAGACGAUCAGCGAUCCUUGAUUGUUACUCAUACUCGAUCUUAGACGUAUCAAUUUGUCGUGGGGUCGAGUGACAAGAUUAUCGCGGCAAAACGAAAUAUUGUGCUAAACUUUUCAUGGCGGCCGUUAAUACCGAUGUUAAACUGUCACGAUGUAAGAAUCAACCGUGGGGUUUUCGACUCUCCGGAGGUGUGGACUUUACUUUUCCUUUGACCAUCGUUAGAGUGACAAUCGGAGGCCUAGCCCAUAUAGCUGGUUUGCAAGCGGGCGAUGUAGUGAUCUGCGUGAAUGGAGAGCCAAUAAGUCAACUCACACAUAUGCAAGUCCACGAUAAGCUUGUCAACAUCGGCAAUGAUAUUGUUUUAUCUGUUGUGCAAAAUCACGAGAUCGUGCAACAGAAGUAAUAAUGGUUUCCCCUUGCCGUUGAUUUAUUUUUUUAUGAGCUUGAAUCCGAUGUUGCGACAAUAGUGCGUAAAUGAAAGUGAAAAAGAAAAAUGCACGUGGUAUCACGAUUCGAAAUGCGAUAUACUGUAAACGAAAUAAAUAAAAUAAAAUUGACAGAAAAUAUCGACAAGAUGAGAUUUUAAGCCA